AUGUCGCUCUUCAAACCCUCCCAGAAAGCCCAGCCACCAGUAAACCCCGCCGACAUCCUAACCCAGAACGACAUCUUGCUCUACGCAUCCAAACCCCACAACUACAUCGAGAGCAUCAAAGAUAAUGGCUUCCAUUUGUCCAACUCCUACUUGAUCACGUCCCCUGAUGCACACGGUCACGUCAUCGGGUUAUGUUUGAUUGGAUCCGAGACGUUUGAAGUUGAUGUAAGCGGAAUGUAUCAUGUCACAGGGCACGUGGUGGAGUUUGAUUCGCGAGUGUUGGAGAUCUUCGCAAAGGUUCACCCGAAGCCCGAGAUUGUUGUAGUGGGCUUAGGGCGCGAGAGCCGCAUGUUGAGUUCGCGUAAUCGAGAUUGGUUUCUGGAGGUGGGGAUACUGUUGGAAGUCAGCGAUCUGACUAACCUGGGUCAGAUUUUCGAUUUGUUGAGUACGGAGCGGCCUGGUGUCAUUGGUGCGUUAUUGUUGCCUCCGAAUGUAUAG